ACUCCGUACCAGCAAGUCAACCCAGCCUUCUUCUCAUAUCCCCUCCAAUCCAAUCCGCCAUCAAUCCAAGAAGCUAGUAGCAGGCGGCAACACUAUGAGCUGGUCCGACCUGCCAGCCGAGCUCGUUGCCGGGAUCGCGGACAGGAUCACCGAGCAUGCGGACCUCGCGCGCUUCCGGUCGGUGUGCCCAUCUUGGCGCUCGGCCUCGGCGGAGCACGCCGCGCGCCGCCGCACCCCCCUGCUCCUCCUGCCCUCCCAGAGCUACUCCCGCGUCGACCGCUGUCUCUGGUCCCCCGCCGACGACAGCAUCAAGGAGACCCCCAUGCCCGCCGCGUGCGGCCGCUCCUUCCUCUUCGCCUCGCCUCGCGGCUGGACGCUCGGCGUGGCCAACGACCUCUCGGCCACGCUGCUGCAACCAUUCACCGGCGCGUCGGAGAGCCUGCCCGCGCUGCCGCCAUCCUUCCACGACGAAUAUGAGAAGAUCCUCCGUGACAUGGUAUGGGAUCGGUCCCCUGACGCCGUCAUGAUCUCGGCGGGCAAGGGCGGGUUCUUCUGCAAGCUGCCGGGCGACGGCGGGUCAUGGAGCGCCGCCGGAUCCUCGCAAACGGCUGCCGUCAGCAGCAUCACCUACGACGACGGUACGUUUUACCUUCUGGACGGGCCAGCCCGCAGUGUCACGGCCGUGGACGCCGCAACUUUCGCCGUGACCGCCGUAGCCGAGCCACCAGAUCUGGUGUCGCCCAGACACUCUUGGUGCACACCCGAGUCCACGCUCGUCGUGUCCUCCGGCGAGCUGCUCCUCAUCGUCAGGACGCACCUCUUGUUCCAAGUAGCACCAUACGGCUCGGGGGGCCUCUUCAAGGUCUUCCGCACGGACAGCCGGAGCCUGGCAGCCGGAUGGUCGGAGGUCGCCGGCGGCGGCAUCGGCAACCGCGCCCUGUUCGUGGACCAUCUCCGCGGCUUCUGCGUGGAGGCCAACGGGCUCAACGGGGUGCGGAGGAACUGCGUGUACGUGGCCAGCUCGCACGAGAUGGUGAACGACGACUACGGGCUGGACGUUUAUGGGAGGUACACCGUCUCCGUGCUCGACCUCGACGAGCUCACCACCCAGGAUCUCUCGUACGGGAACCUGUUGAACUGCAUGUGUGGUAGAUUCUGGCAGUGGCCUUCUUGGAUCAUGCCAAAUCCGCACUGAUCCAAACAAAACUCUCAGUGCUUUGUUGCAGGAAUAAGAGCUGUUAAUUUCGACUUUUCGACCAGACGUGCUAUGGGUUUUACAGCUGAAGAUCUACAUACAACUUCGUACUAAAUCAACGACAAUUAAUAUGGAUCGAAGAGAAUAGUUAAUUUUCGACCAGAUCA